CAAUGCACGUAUACUGUACAAUGGAGCUGGUGAGAGAGUUUGGAGAUCCCCCACUUCUGCUCGUCGCCGAAGAUUAUAUCGUGCUUAAACUAAAAACAGCUUGGCCGCGAGAUGUGGCUGUUCCGGAAGGACUAUCCCUUGCCAAAGAAAAUGGCCUUCUCUUGAUCGCGAACCAGAAGUCUUUGGUUUCUGUGGCGAACAGUGUGCUGCCACACAUGGCGAAGGUCUCCAAGGCGCUGUUCUGCGGUUGUGCGUCCUUCGACUCCUCGGACCUCUACGCCAGGGCCGCUACCAAGCUGCUUCGAGAAACUCGGGAGAUAUGCAUCGUGCACAACACGGACAAGGUCUACAAGCUUAUUCGCAUGUUUCCGAACGCUCGGAUCCUGGCCUUGGUGCACGAUAACUGCGCACACACCUUGGAGUGGGACGAGCCAUGGAGGGACCCAUCCGCGCCGCUGGUCGAGCACAGUCAGCUUAGGCAGCUGGUGGGCAGCACCUCCAACCUUAGCGAGGGCAGCCUUAUGAUGAGUUUGGAGACGGUGCAGGCGCUUCUGCGCACUUGCCCUGAUGUGUGUCGCAUCGACACUGGCCAUAUCGUGAAUUGCCUCAUAGAAUCCCACGACUGUCCCACCAUGAAGAAGCAUCGCCGAGCAGAGAAGUUCACCCACAUUUGGCUCCAUUCUCAGGACAUCGUAUCAGCCGGACUGCCAUUAAACCCAGCAGUGGCGAUUGACAUCGCACUCGCUGCAAAGAAUUUUCCGUCUGUCCAGAAGUUGAAGGUAGCAGUAGCCACGCCGAGAGCGCUCGCCAAGAUCUCGGCUUUCCGUUACCUCCGUAGCAUCCACGUACUCGCAGCUUCAAGCGAUGCCUUCGCCCAUACCGAUACUGUACUGAAGCAACUGCUAAAAAGCUGGCCAGAUCUCGAAGAACUGGUUCUAGUACAUUGCGGCGGUCUGCAACUCUCGACAAUUGGUAAGCUGUGUCCAAAGAUAAAGGUCCUUAAGCUCCCAAUGUGCAUGGUCUCCUCAGAGGAGACCAUAGGGGACGCCAACACAUUCCGUUAUCUGGAGCACGUCGAGAUGAGUGUCGAGAUCCCGAAUGUCGCUUUCAACUCGUUGUUGUCGGCCACGCAGUGCAACCUUCGGACCGCGCGCUUUCUAGACGACGACAUGUGCUUCAAGUUUCUGCAAUACUGCGUCCAUCAAGCUCGACCCCUGCCUUUUGCACGCCUCGAACACUUGACAUUGAAAACCAGUUUGUCAGUGCGUGCGUUGGGGCUCGUACCAGGGGACCUGCACGACGUGCUCAAGGCACUGCCCGUGCUUAGACACCUUGAGACGGACAGCUACGACCUGCGACUGUUCUUCGAGAAUUACAGCGUUCCACGUGAUCGGCUGUCGUUUUCUUGGACUGUGUGCGUCUACUGCUCCGCCGAGAAAGGAGGACGUUCGUGGACUGAGAACAUUGCGCCCUUCAUGGCGUCUGAAAUAAUUCGACCCUAGUGAGGAGAGCUCCAGAAAGUUGUGGUGGACAGUCUUCAGCGCGUGAGUGUUUUGCAAACGAGUGUUAGUGAGCAUCUGCAGAUGUCAUUCUGCCCACGUUAUUCGUAUCAUUAUCUGUUUGUCAUGAAUGUCAAUGAACAAUAGAAUCUGUACCGAACACUCACGUCCUUAGUAUGUCCUCAUCGACAUACAGGGUUGGUGCAGCAAUGUCUUGCCACGCAGCAGUUUCUUGCUUCGAAAUAUCGUGUUUGCUUCAAAUAUCGUGAUGUUUCUCCCAUCACAUCUUCCAGCUUAGAUAAACCUUUGAAUAGGGAACUUCGUGAGAAUUAGUCCCUGAAGCAUACAUGCCCACCGUCCCGACGUUUCCUUGAAGUUAAUUCAUUUGGGCGCUUGUUACGCAUUUACGUAUGUUUUGUCAAGCUUUUCGAAAAUUACAUUCAGUUCACGCCAAAGUUUCGGUCACUGGUCUCCGAGCGUUCCGUUGGAAGUCUCAUUGUGAAGGACGCCGGAGCGGUACCUGCUUUGAGAAAGUUCAUAGAGACAGGCGGUUUACGCUGGCGGGAUCUGCAGCAGCAAACUCGCUAAAAAAACUUAUUAUAAACAAUGUGUUUCCUGUCAGUUUCUGCAGUUCAACUUUUGUGAGCUGCUUGCGUACUCAGUUGACUGUAAAGCUAAGCGCUUAAUAUUUGGACAAGGACACAGCGAACAGACGAGGGCGAAUGCUACCUACUGACUGCUUACAUAUAGACAUAAAUUUUGAAGCUUGUCAUAGCGCAUGCGUCGCGCCGCUCCUUCAUAAAAAAGCGCGAUGGCUUCUUAUCAAGAACUGCAGCGCGGUGUAAAGUGUAUACGUUGAUUUGUGUUUUGUUGUAUAGUGAUAUUACAUAUAUUCCUUGCUGCCAGUGUGUAGCAGGCAAGCAAAUGUUCGUGUCGUCGUUUUUUUCCCCAAUACCUUUUUCUGAGCUUUUCUUGCGAGAGUGGCUGAUCUCCUUUUGCAUCCAAGAUCCAUAAAUACGUAAAUAAAUUAGUGUUGCAUGU